GACAAAGCGAUCUAACGACUAGAUGAGUGCAAAGGCAAGCUGAUCCUUAGACGACGAUGAUGGACAGUUGUAUUAGAGCAUUGGUGGAAGCCAUACACUCUACUCCUACUCAAGCCAUCCUCUAUAUCUCCGGUGGAGCUUCUCAGGCGCUGGGGUGGUUGAUGUCGGUUCCAGGAGCUUCCAAUACAGUACUUGAAGCCGUGGUUCCUUACUCCAGAAUGUCCAUGAUCCAACUGCUUGGCAAGGUUCCUGCUCAAUCAGCUAGUCAGCAAACCGCAGAGGAUAUGGCAUUAUUGGCUUAUAAUCGAGCACUAAAGCUUUCUAAACCAGGUUACCCAGCUCUAGGUGUGGGUUUUACAGGUGCUUUGGCUAGCUUGCAACCCAAACGAGGGGAUCAUAGGUUUCAUUUGUCGACAAGGACGUCUGAAAGGCUUUUGGUGUCGACGGUUACAUUGUCAAAGGGUCUGCGAACUCGUGAGCAGGAGGAUACUGUCUCAAGCCAGUUCUUACUCAAGGCAAUAGCAAAUGCAUGCAAAGUUUCGGAAAAUUUUGUUCCAGAGUUAAUUGACUCAGAAAUUCCUAUUGAACAUGGAUGGCUAUUUAAUGAAGACCAACAGCUAGAGCAACUUAUCAGCGGUCAAGUAUCCUUUAAGGUUUAUCCCUUCUCAAGUGAUGCAGUCAACGAAGAGAGGAAAAUAAUUCUAUCUGGAUCAUUCAACCCCUUGCAUGACGGGCACCUUAAGCUCUUGGAAGUUGCUAGUAGCAUUUGUGGUGGUGGAUAUCCAUGCUUUGAAUUAUCUGCAGUCAAUGCAGACAAGCCUCCAUUGACAGUAUCUGAAAUCAAGGAUCGUGUAAAGCAGUUUGAAAAAGUUGGCAAGACAGUCAUAAUAUCUAACCAGCCAUUUUUUUACAAGAAAGCAGAACUAUUUCCUGGCAGUGCUUUUGUUAUUGGUGCAGACACGGCUGUAAGACUGAUAAAUCCAAAGUAUUAUGGCAAUGAUUAUGGAAAAAUGCUGGAGAUACUUAUUGGAUGUAAGAACACAGGAUGUACUUUCCUGGUGGGGGGUAGGAAUGUAGAUGGUGCUUUCAGGGUGCUUGAUGACUUCGAAAUUCCUGAGGAGUUGAAAGACAUGUUUAUCUCAAUACCAGCAGAAAAAUUCCGGGUGGAUAUUUCAUCAACUGAAAUCAGGAAAAACCGAGGGAUGUGAAGCUUGCUACUUUCAUCAGCCGGUUGUGCGGUCGUCUUCUCCGACGAGCAAGACGAGCAGAUGUUGAACUCCGGUAGCAUGAAUGCAGCCGCCAGCGGUGGAGAACGACUGGCGGUGGUCUUUCGGGGAAGGUGAUCGUAAAUUGAGUUUUAUGGAUGGUGAAUAACCAGUAACCAAUACGAUAGGUUACCGGUAAAUAUGGUUUAUUUGAUCUAUUUUAACAAGUUUGAGUGUUUAAUUGAACUUUUUUUUUUUUAAUGUUGGAGGGCUUAAUUGCACUUUUGAGUAAAGUUUGAGGGCUUAUUGGCUUUUUUUCCUUUUUUAAAAUGAGAGGAUACAAAUAGCGUUAUAUUAUAAAUUUGUGACUUUCUCUAUUGAAAAGUACAACCUUUUGAUU